GACGCGGCUACUAAAACGCCCUAGCUUCUGUUUGCUAGCCUUUUCUACAUAGUACAAUAUCUAUCGGAAGCCGUCCGUCUCCAUUGCUCUACAGUCAACUCCAGUUUCUCCCAUCACUGUGGGAUACACACACGCGGCACCUUGGUCUCCGAUUCUCAAAUCCCAACAACACGAUGGAGGGCGCGUUGGCCGAACUGAGCGUCAUUGCCGAAAAGGUCAACCAUGUCGGUGAGGAGCUUGAACGAAGAGCGAGGGAGCGUGAGCGGGAGCUCUCCGAACACUUGGCUAUCGUGACAGCUAGGGCGGUGCUCCGAGCCCGGGAUCGUGUACUUGUCGCGACAAAGGCGCGAAAGGAGGCCGAGGAGGCAAUUAAACCGCUUCGCGAUAGCAUGGAGUACCUGGGGCCAAAGUUGGUUGCAAGUGUUGAGGCCACAUGGUUGCAGAUCCAUCGCGCUUGGAGUGAUCAACUGAAAGACGCUAUUAGUGAACUGGAGCCGUCACUACCAGCAGGCGUGGAUUGCGCCACUGUCAAGAUCGAGUUCAAUGGAAAGCCGAUCCGACUUGAACUGAGCAAAGGGAAACAUCCGCAACCCAACGCCAACCCCAGCCACGACGCGGACUUCUUGACGCAGCUUGGUUUCGACGACACGUUCAUCAGUACUGUCUUGAAACAGAAUUCGGAUGCCAUGGAGAUCCCUGUCGACACAGAUACCAAUAUCAACUCGGAGAAGCGCAAGAAUGAGAAGAAACUGGGCUCACUGCGCCCCGAGCUGGAUGAAAACCCUGGAGCAGUGGGCGCCCCAUCUGCUCCCUCGAAUGGAGACCACGACGCACCAACAAAGCCUUCUACUGCGCCAGGUAAUAGCGCAGUGACUCCGACCAAGCGAAGAUUGGACGUUGAGGAGGGUGAGGGUGAACCAGAAUCGGCUAAGAAGCAAAAGAAAGAGGAAGAAUUUGACUUCAAGUGGUAUUACUUUGAGUGGUUCUACCUAUAGGGGUUUUCAUGUGUUUAGGAGUGAGGUCUGGGCGGGACGUCCACGGCGGAAGAGAACUCAGGCCAAUUCUAAGAUGAUCGCCACGGGAAUGCGAUUCAGAGCAGGUGAACAUUUCUAGUAAACGUUUGUGCAACAUCUACGCUUCCCGAGCCACAAGCAUCACGCCAGCUUCACGCGAGCAACAUCC